AUGUUCCUCAACCCGCUGAGCACCUUUUCCCUGCGCUCGUCGCUGCGCUUCCGCCUCCCGCGCGCCUUCAGCACAACCCGCCGGGUGUCCAAGGCAAAGACAUUGCCGUCUGCCGAUGCCUCGCGGCCGUUUGUCAAGAUCGUCGAGGUCGGUCCUCGCGACGGCCUGCAGAACGAGAAGACGCUGAUCCCAGCAGCAGUCAAGAUCUCGCUGAUCAACCAGCUGACAGACGCCGGGCUCCCGGUCGUCGAGGCGACCUCGUUUGUGUCGCCAAAGUGGGUGCCGCAGAUGGGCGACGCCAAGCAGGUCAUGGCAGGCAUUACACGCAGUCCCAAUGUGUCGUACCCAGUGCUGACGCCCAACACCAAGGGUCUGGAGGCAGCAAUUGCAGCGGGUGCCGAGGAGGUGGCGAUUUUCGGCGCGGCGUCCGAGUCGUUCAGCCAAAAGAACAUCAACUGCUCGAUUGCCGAGAGCAUCCAGGAGCAGGCGGGCCUGCGGGUGCGUGGGUAUGUGUCCUGUGUGGUUGGGUGCCCGUACGAGGGCAAGAUCGACCCGCAGGCAGUUGCCGACGUCGCCGGACGUCUGGCGGCGCUCGGGUGCUACGAGAUUUCGCUGGGCGACACGAUCGGCGUGGGGCGGCCAAGCGAGAUCCGCGCGAUGAUCGAGGCCGUGUCCAAGACGGUGCCGGUCGAGAAGCUGGCGAUCCACUGCCACGACACGUACGGCCAGGCGCUGGCCAAUAUCUAUGCGUCGCUGGAGGCAGGGAUCCGGGUCGUGGACUCGUCGGUUGCGGGUCUUGGCGGGUGCCCGUAUGCCAAGGGCGCCACGGGCAAUGUGGCCACCGAGGACGUCCUGGCGGGCAUUGGCCAGUGGAUCUCCAAUGAGCUGGGCCGCCCCACUGGUUCGCGCGUGGGCCGUGCUUUGCUGGCCAAGAAGUAG